GCUCUGGCUCAGAAAGAGAGGAUGAUGGCGGAAGACAAGCAUCCUAUUUGAGUUCACGAUUUUUUUUAACGUAUUCUAACCAGAAACGUAAAAACUCGAGCUAUUCUGUCGUUUUAAACCAAGAGGCAAUGGGAAACGAAGCCAGCCUCGAAGGCGGGGAAGGAGGCUCUGUGCUCGGUGUGGCGGGAGCUCCAGGAUCUGUUUCAGCAUCACCGGGCUCUGGACAGCAUAUCAAGCCCGUGAAUGGCGCUGCGGCCGGUGGUGGAGCUGCAAUGGGAACUGGGGCGGCGAUGAACAGGCUAGCUGGAGCACCUACAUCUCCAAAAACAGGCUAUGGCUCUAGUGGUGGUGUAGGGGUGGGUGUUGGCAUGGGUGGCAUGGGAGGAAUGCCAGGACGAGGAGAGACCUACAGACUGGCCACCCAUGAGAGCCCAAGACCAUCUCCAGCCCAUCAAUCUCAGAAUCUUACAGCAUCCCAGGGCAUGGGGACUGACCAAGGUCCUGGACAGCAUGCCUCCAGACGAAACCUCCAGGUGGACAUCAGCAGUGGUGGAAGUGUAGGGCGAUCAGGUCGAUCUCCGUCUGUGUCUCCUGAACGGGGCAGUGCUCCCAGCUCACCCUACUCAGUGCCCCAGAUAGCACCCAUGCCCAGCAGUAAACUCUGCCCAAUCUGCAACACCACAGAGCUGACCAGUCUUGACAGAGUGCCCAAUUUCAACAAGUGCACCCAGUGUCGCACCACUGUGUGCAACCAGUGUGGCUUCAACCCCAACCCACACCUCACAGAGGUCCAGGAGUGGUUGUGUCUGAACUGUCAGAUGCAGAGAGCCUUGGGAAUGGAUAUGACCACACCCCGUUCCAAGAGUCAGCAGCAGAUUCACUCUUCCUCCCAACAACCUAAAUCAGACCCUGUGAUACCUCCUCAUUCCCAGCCUUCAGCUCAGCCCAAACUGCAGACUCAACCCCAAACCCAGCUCCAUUCCAAAAUCCAAACACAGGCUCAAAGCCAGGCCUUACUGGGCCCUCAGAAAGAAAGUGAAACUACUGGUCCUUACCAGAAAGGACCUCAAAAAACAGGACUUUCAUGCCAACCCGGAUCUUCUCAAAUUCCACAUCAAGGAGCCCAGUCAGGGUCCCAAGGUCAGAAUGUUGAGUUUAAACAGAGAGGCCCAGGUGGAGCACCCCAAACUAGCUCGCGCAUUCCUCACCCUGGUGCUGUGCCAUUACCCGGUCUGGCAAAAGCACCCUCACAGCCAGACCUUGGUCGCGCAUCUCCAGUUCACCAUGUUGGGCGAUCAGAGCAUAUUCGAAGUGCUGGAAGUUCCCCAGCUCGCCGUCCAGCCUCAGUACAUGAGACCCCUCCUCAGGAUGGCUUGACAAAGCUAUUUGGUUUUGGAGCAUCAUUGCUGAACCAAGCAAGCACACUAAUCUCAGUUGAUCCCCUCCCUGGAGGAGGAGCCUCAGCACAACCUUCUCCUGCCCGACAACAAGGCACCCAAGGUACUAAAGUGAUCUUCAGCGAUGCUAAUGCUAAAGGUAUGACUGGAGCUCUUGGCUCAGAAAAACAAGGAACCAUGGGUCCACAUGUCCCUUCACAAAAACAGCCCCAGCAGCAGCAGCAGUCAGUGGCAUCACAUCAUCAAAAGGCAUCACAGUUGCCAGCUCACCAUCAAAAAUCAGCGCAGCAGCAGUCACCAGCACAUCAUCAAAUGGUACCACCACAGCAGCAAUCACCGGCACAUCAUCAAAAAGCUCAGCAGCAGCAAUCACCAUUGAAGCAGGUGCAGAAGUCCAAAGUCAGCUGCCCCUUGUGUAAGACUGAAAUUAAUAUAGGAUCCAGUGAGCCGCCCAACUACAACUCCUGCACCCAGUGUCACACGCAGGUCUGCAAUAUGUGUGGUUUCAAUCCAACACCUCAUCUUGUGGAGAAAAAAGAAUGGCUCUGUCUUAACUGUCAGACUCAAAGACUAAUGUCUGGUGGACUUGAUGACACCCCUCUUCAUGUUCCUUAUCCAUCUCCAAAACACCAACAAGUGGGCUCUCCCCGGCACCAGGCCAGUCAGCAACAUGUUCCACAGCCAACAUCUCAGAAAGUAUCAGCUAAUCAACAGGAAGGGCCCAAUGCGAUGUUGCGACAGCAGAAAACUCCAACAACUGAUGGAGCUGCUCCCGUUGCUGCAACUGUAGUCAAACUAGCAGGAGAUACAAAACCCCUCUCACAGUUCUCUUCAACUCCUACCACAUGUAAAGUUGUCGGUGAAUCACACAAGAAGGACCAGACUAUGCCAAAAGUGGUCAGUGAGCAAGAGCGUAUUUCUGGUGUCACUGAGGAACCUAAACCUACUUAUAAGAAAGGAACAUCAGAACCCAUUGUGACCACAACAGCAAAGGAUGAGAAAAGGGACUCUCAGCGAUCCAGAUACUAUGAGGAGACAAGCAAAACAAACAGCACCCAUGACCUCUCACGGAGUCCACAAAGCCUGAGUGACACAGGUUACUCCUCAGAUGGGAUAUCAAGCUCACACAGUGAAAUUACCGGCCUUAUUCAUGAAGAAGAAAUGAAAUUAAGUGAGAAGAGUAUGUCUGGGAAUCUUACACCACCAAGCCCCUCUGAGAUCACUAAACUGGAGAGCUCUAUGCGACCUCUACUAGAGUCAAAGGUAUUCUCUGAUGGAGAGAAAACUUGGGAAAAACAACGUGGUAGAGAACGGCACCACAGAGACACUGAGGACAGAAAGCACAGAUCCCAAACACUAUCAAUUAGUCAAGAUCAGUAUGACUCAGAUGAAGAUUUAGAGGACAUCUUGGAAGAAGAGGAGGACCCAACCGAUUGGGAGGCCAAACGAGAGCUCAGAACAGUAGCUACUGCUGGAGAGGCAAAGAAAAAGAAAAAGUCUGAACUUGCUGAUAUAACUGAUGAAGAGUUUAUGCGAAGGCAGAUCAUGGAGAUGAGCGCAGAUGAAGAAAAUGAGGAUGAAGAGGAUGAAGAAGAGCUGGAAGACGAGGAAGAAGAAGAGGAAGAUGAUGAAGGAUAUGGUUACCAAAAGUCAAAAAAAAUACAUAAGCACAUUAGUGACUCAGGGAAAGAAAAGCGCCGUCUCACUCACCAUUCAAGCAGCUUUGAAGAGGAAAGCAAAACUACCUGUGAAAUCUACAAGGGAUCAGCUGAGGAAGGAGAGGAGGACCUAAUUGGCUCACAAGGAGGCCUACGAAGAUUUAAGACCAUAGAACUGAACAACACCAACAGUUACAGCCGAGACAUGGAACUCAACAAUGAAAAUGACUUGAGUCUGGACAGAGAGCCAGAACUUGAAAUGGAAAGCCUAACAGGUUCCCCAGAGGAGCGAUCAAGGGGGGACUAUUCCUCCACUAUCCCUCCUACAACUUCCAGCUACAACUCAGGAACAUCUCCUACUUCCGUAUCCUCCAUGGAGGAUGACAGUGAUAGCAGUCCCAGCAGGAGACAACGUCUAGAAGAAGCUAAGCAACAGAGGAAAGCUAGACACCGGUCUCAUGGCCCCCUCCUGCCCACCAUAGAAGACUCCUCAGAGGAAGAUGAGCUGAGAGAGGAAGAGGAACUCCUGAGGGAGCAAGAAAAAAUGCGAGAAGUGGAGCAGCAAAGAAUCCGAAGUACCGCCAGAAAAACUAAACGAGAUAAGGAAGAGCUGAGGGCACAGAGAAGAAGGGAACGGUCCAAAACUCCUCCAAGCAACCUGUCCCCCAUUGAAGAUGCAUCCCCAACAGAGGAGCUGAGACAAGCUGCUGAAAUGGAGGAACUUCAUCGUUCUUCCUGCUCAGAGUACUCACCUUCAGUUGAUUCUGAGGCUGAAGGGUUUGAAAUGUCAUCUAAGCUCUACAAGUCUGGUAGUGAGUACAAUCUGCCUACAUUUAUGUUACUUUAUUCUCCUACUGAAAAGCCAGAGACUACCUGUUCUACGAUUACAACUACCUCCUCAAGUGGAAAGCCUCUAAAGAGUGCAGAGGAAGUUUAUGAAGAAAUGAUGAAGAAAGCAGAGAUGUUACAGAAACAACAAAAGCAGCAGCAGCAGUCCGCACAACUAUAUAGCACUAGUGCCUAUCCAGACGAUGAUAGAAGAAAUGAACAGCAUUAUGAUGAUGAAUAUGAUUAUAUUGACCAAGAAGAUACAAACUAUGAGAAUGAGGAGGCAAGUGAUAUUUAUGAGGAAAUACGUCAGACUUCACAAAACAUAGCCAAGCAGUUGGAUGAUCAAGUGGAAAUGGAUGUGUCUUAUGCAGAUAAACAGCUCCUUGACACUGGAUCAGCUUUUGCUAAACUCCUGGAGCAGAGCAAUGCCCUCCUGACGCCUGGCACAAGCCCUACACAACUCUCAGCCCCAGUAUCAUUUUCAGAAACUGGAACAGGAGGACGAAUACCUGAUGUGAGAGUAACUCAACACUUCUCCAAGGAUGGGCAUAAAGAUAGAAUUAGAAGUCAUGCUGGCAAAAAUGCCAUCAUACCCUCAGCUGCUGCCACUACUAUCACUGCAUAUGGAGUAUAUUCCAGGGAUGCUGUCCAUGUCUCACAAACCACUACCAGUCAAACAAUGACUUCCCAGCAGUCUACUCUUUAUGGCCGACAUACAAGCAGCUCCAUCACAAACUCCACUUCAAGUGUGUCCAACAAAAUUGCUGAAAUCACUCAAGCUUAUAAUCAACGGGAUGGAAGGAGACCCUCAGACAGAGGCCAAAUAAGAGAUAGUGCAACACAGCUAGAGUCUGUAUCUGAAUUGUGCUCUCAUAAUGUCCAUGUAUACUAUAAAGGGAGUCCUCCACUUUCUCCUGCUUCACCUCCACCUCAUAUACCAGCCCGAUCUCCUUCAAGGAAAACAGCUGAAUUUUCAACUCAGACUUUCAGUCCUACAGUGAUAGCACCCUCUGAAGGUUCUGGCCCUGCAUCUCCUAUUAUGGCACAGGCCACUCAGACUCCUCACAGAGCUAUCUCACCACGACUCUUUAGACAACAGUCCUCUCAGGAUGCCACUUUCAUGGUAAUAACAAUUGGAUCAGAGCCAACUAGCCCUUCAAAACCAGUUACAGUUAAUACUGCCACCUCUCCUUUAUCUUCUCCAACAAAGUUUAGCCAUCCCUCAUCAUUUGAUGCUUAUUCACCCCCUGUAAGUCCCCCUGACACACCACCACACCAGCAGUCACCUCUGCAUGGUUUCUACAGAACCCAUAAAGUUGAGAGGGUUAAUGUUGGUACAAGUAUGGUAACUGCUGCUAGCUCUUAUGCUCGUGGAUCACUUUCAAUGGAAAACAUUUCUCUAUGUCGUAUUUCCACAGUCCCUGGCACCUCAAGAGUUGAGCAAGGGCAGAAGCUACACAGUGCAAGUGUGACGGACCUAAGAACUGCUACCAAGUCAUCACCAUUUAUUAUAACAGAUCAGGGAAUGGACUUGACUUCCUUGGCCACAGAGUCAAGAAAAUAUGCAAGCAGUGCAGAAAGCAGCCCUAUACGCCAUUCUACAACUAUCCAGCCUCUGAUAAUGAAUUUGAAUGCUCAGGAACAGCCACAUGUUGUUGUUUCAACAGCAACAACAGUCAGUGUAACUGUCGCUGCCUCAAUGUUCAUAUCUCAACCCAAGCAUCCUAUGGUUUAUGGUGAUCCCCUUCAGAACAGAACAGACAUGAGCCAAGGCAUGGGAACCGUAGUAUGUCUUGUACAAAAUAAACAACCAUCAAUUGACCCAUCAAUACCAAAUAUCGAUGCCAAGCUGGAAGAUCUUAGUAUUCAACAACAGCAGUUACUUAAACAACAGCAGAAGCUUCAACAUCAACAACAGCUUUUAGAGCAGCAACUUCAGCAACACCAUCAACUUCAACAGCAUCAAGCUUCUACUUUUGCAAAGCUUAAUCUAUCCAGUCAAUUUCCACUAUCAAAGAAGGACCUAGUCGUCACCCAGACAAGCACUGCCCCUGUUGUCAGUGCAGUAUCACCAGCUUUUGCACCUGAGAUUUAUAACAUUGGCAGUUCUGUGGAAUUGAAGAGUAAAUCGCCUGUUCAGCCUCAAUUUAUGAUGGUUCAGAUGGACAGUACUACACAAGGAAAACCUCUGACCCAGUUAAUCAAAUCAGAGGAAAGCCAAGAUGCAAGGGAUCUAACUGGACAAAUCAAGAAAGAGAAUCAGGUUGCUUGCUGUGAUGUAGUUUAUAACUUGCCUUUUGGUGGUAGCUGUGUGGGAGGACCAUUCUCCCAAAAAACAAUGGCAGAUGAGAUAACAAAUGUAAGUGAGCCAUCAAGGCCCCCUUCUGCACCACCACAGCUAUAUGAACCAACAGCACCAAAGCAAGAUAAACACAUAUAUCAUGAUUUCACCUUGAAAUCAUACACACUCCCUUUCCCUGGCAAGUUACAACCAUCCUUGUCUGAGACCAACCUUGCAGAAGCAGGGCUCCAGUCCUACUCUUCUAAACCUGAUAUGCAAGCCUCCAUAGAAUCAAUGGAUUUAAACUCAGUUAAGCAUGGCUAUGAUGGAGGAUUUCUUGGAAUGGGACUUCAGUAUGGUUCCUACACAGAUCUUCGUCAGGGUGAUGUGAUAGCUCCAACUAUUCCUAUGCGCAGGUACAGUUCCCUGUCCAAUAUAAGUUCAGAUUAUGAUUACUCAUCCUGCAAUCUUUCGGGUUUGCCAGAGUCUAACCUUGCCCAGUAUAGUGCCACUACUGCUAAAGAGAUUAGUAGAAUGUGUGCAGCCCUCAAUUCAAUGGAAAGGUAUGGCAGCAACCCUGAUCUUUUGCAGUUAAUCCGAGGAGGUGGUCCACCAGGCAGAAUUAAUCUGCAGCAGAGUCUUAAACCCAGCUUUAUAUAUGGACCAGAUGGAAAGCCCUUUUCCCAAGCUCUUACCAGUCUCAUCAAUGCAAGACAAGCAAGUCUUAGAGCCAUGUUUCCAUCAGCGAUUAGAUCAGCUGAUGGUAUGAUCUAUUCAACUAUCAAUACACCCAUUGCAUCCACUGUGCCAAUAACAACCCAGCCAGCUUCUGUACUGCACCCAUUAUUAAGAGGUGUUUACAGACCAUACCUCACUCCAAAUAUGACACCAGUGCCUCUGGCCAGCCUCCAUAGAAUGCCUAUGGCCUCCAGGAUGCCUCUCACAGGACAGACACCUUACCGUUUUCCAACACCUACUAAUGUUCCUGUUACAACUUCUGCUACUGCAGAUGACUCACUUGCAAUCACCACAGAGCAGGAUGCACCUAUUUAUCUUGGAAAGUCUCCAGCAAGUUCUACAGGUAUUGGGACAACUACAGCACCAACCCAGCCUUCUGCUGUACAGAGUUGUCUAACGACAUCAAUGCCAACACAAACGGUUGCUCUAGCCAAUACAAGCCAAUCUCAGGAGCAGCCUCUGAACCUUUCUCAGUCCCAUCUUCAAACACAAGUUCCAUCCCAACCUCCAGUGCAGCUUUAUCCUCCCACUCACAUUCAACUUCCACAACAGUCUGUAUCAACACAGCAACCACCUCCUACACAAUCAACUGCAGCCACUGCUUCAACUCUGGGAACUCUUCCACAGGAAAAGGACAGAGAAGAAGAACAUCUCCAUCGUCAACAAGAAAAGUUAUUGCAAUUAGAGAGAGAGAGAAUAGAACUAGAAAAAUUGAGGCAGCUACGGCUACAAGAGGAGCUUGAGAGGGAGCGUGCAGAAUUGCAGCGGCACCGGGAAAAAGAGCAUAUUCUUGUGCAACGGGAAAUUCAGGAGUUGCAGAGCAUAAAACAACAGGUUUUACAGCAGCAACAAGCUGAGAGAGAAAGUCAGCUGGUUAUGCAGAGAGAGCAACUGGCUCAGCAAAAGCAGCAGCUUGACCAGAUACAGUCACUGCAGCAACAGCUUCAGCAGCAUCUUGAGGAACAAAAAAGACAAAAGACAACUAGUACUCAACUUAUAUGUGACCAAAGUGGCAGAAUUAUUCAGCCACAAGACGUGCCACAAGAUAUGCAACAUGGUGAUAUUCAGGUGCCUUCCAGGUCUUUGCCCAACUCUGUAUCAGAGAUGUGUUUGAGGAAUAAUGAGGGGCAAAUAGAUAAUAGGUCAAUGUGGAAACAAAGAUCAAUGCCUCGUUUACAGGAUGGUAUUGAGGGAGAGGUAACAAUGUUUUCCCUGCCCACUAGAAUUGUAGACAGCAGUGUACAAACAGAUGAUGAGGAUGAAGAAGAAAGAUAUCUAAUGUCCCGAAGAAGAAGGACUAGACGUAGUGUGGAUUGCAGUGUUCAGACAGAUGAUGAUGAAGAUAAGGCAGAAUGGGAGCAACCUGUCAGACGGAGACGUUCUCGCUUCUCCAGGCACUCUGAAUCAGGUGCUGAUACUAAAACUGAAACUUCAACUCUAACUGCCAAAGUUACAUCCUCUAGUAUUGCUAUACAGACCAUUCAGGAUUGCUCUUGCCAAACAGAAAUAGAUCAGCUAGGGAAAAUCUCUCCAGCAAUACAUGUCACUGUGUCAGAUCCUAACAAAGUUGAGAUUGUCCACUACAUAUCUGGUCCAGAGAGAACACAGAAGGGACAAAGCCUAGCUUGUCAGACUGACCCUGAGUCCCACUCUCAAGGUGUGGUAGUUCCACAAAUUAAUGUGGCCACCACUAUUAGUCCAUAUUCCAGCAGUGCACAAAUUGUGGGGUCAGCAGAUCCACUAUCCUCUCGUCAACAGAGUGUUUCAAAGUUUGAGAGACGUAAACCAGAUCCUUUGGACAUUGGCUACCAACAGCACCAUCUGCACAAUGAGUCACUGUCCAGUGUGAUUCGGCAACCACCCAAAUCCCCUCAGGUGCUGUAUUCUCCAGUAUCUCCUUCAUCACCACACCGCGUCAUAGAAACAUCCUUCUCCUCUAGCGAGAGGCUGAAUAAAGCCCAUGUUUCUCCACAGCAGAAGUCAUAUACAGCUGAGUCCCCACAGAGGCACCAGAGUUUACCCCGACCAAUGAAGAAUGUCCAGAGAUCCUUGUCAGAUCCCAAGCCCCUCAGUCCCACAACUGAUGAACAAACAAAGGCAAGGAUAUCCCUUUACCAGCAACAGGCACUUCAAAGUCAGUUGAUGGCACUCCAACAGAGCUCCCUCCUAAGGAAGGUUAAACGAACUCUGCCAAGCCCCCCACCUGAGGAAACUCAGCUGUCAAUGGUCACCCAUGCCCUGCCCCAGAUGUACGUGCCCUCUCUGCCCUCUCUGAAGGUGGGUUCUCGGCCAGGCCUAGCAGCCAAGGCCAGCCUUCUGAAGGAUCUGACUCAUGAACUAAAGGCUGUUGAGCAAGAAUCCACCAAACUACGAAAACAGCAGGCUGAGUUGGAAGAAGAAGAGAAAGAGAUUGAUGCCAAACUCCGAUACCUGGAGAUGGGCAUUACACAGAGAAAGGAAACUCUUGUUAAAGAGAGGGAGAGGAGGGAGUUAGCAUACCUGCGCUGUAUGGGUGACACACGAGACUACAUGUCAGAUUCUGAACUGAACAACCUUCGGUUGGCAGCUGCAGCCACAUCUGAGAAUAAUGGGCUUUUGACUAGACCAAGCACAGCACCACUCAGCCAAUUUACCAGUGAGCUAAACACUGCUGCACAGUUUCCCCCUACAUCAUCCUUUGUGUCCUACCAGUACCCUCAGAGCCAAUCAACAGCAACCACCCUACAUGCCUCCACUUUCCAAAGCACUGGAUUCAGCCAGCCUCCAUAUCCUACAGUCUCCCAGGCACAGGCUCUUCCACAGCCCACACCACUACAGACCAUACCCCAUCAUUCUACCCCAUCAUAUCAUGCUCAAGGGACGUUCCCCUCCCAGAGCUUCCCACCAAGCCAGCCACCCUAUCCAACAGAGCAUACAAUGCUACCUCCAACUGGAUUCCAGCCACCUCCUCAACCACCUGUGGGUCAAACUCCUUAUCCAACCCACACCACACCAUACCCGAGCCAGACCCCUCCCUACCCGGUCAGUCAGUCAAGUACAUACCAGCCACUGGCAGACAUACUAACUGUCCAUCAGAGGCCACGGCAAACAUCUUUGGCUGACCUUGAACACAAGAUGGCAACUAAUUAUGAAGUUAUAAGCAAUCCUGUUGUAGUAACAACCACUGCCCAAGAUUCUACAUAUAGUCAAUCUGGUUUGGUUGCGUCUUAUGGUCAAUACAGCACAGCCAUGGCAAGUACCUUUGGGCCAUACUCCACCUCAAGUUCAAGUACUUAUGGUGGGUACUCAACUACCACAGCAAGUUCUUAUGGGCCAUACACAACAACUUCAGCAAAUACUUAUGGUCUGUACACAACAACGACACCUAAUACCUAUGGACACACAACAACCACAGGCAGUUCCUAUGGACAAUAUACCAGUGUUGCCAACACAUAUGGACAGACAACACUUUCUGAUCAUAUGCACUCAGUGGACAGUCCCUCUACUUAUACUGGUGAUGGCCUAUACAGUUCUUCCAGCCUGGAGCAGAAUGUCCCUAGAAAUUAUGUAAUGAUUGAUGACAUAAGUGAGCUAACCAAAGAGGGCAUGGGCACCACUUCAGACCCACACCGCAGUGAGGGCUAUGGGCGCCAUGGGGGUGAUUCACUCCACACACGAGGGGGGAGCUCCUACGGCAGACCAGAGGACGAGCGUGAUGCAGAGAUGUACGACCAUCACCAUGGCAGGGGUAAGAGCACUGGCAGCUACCAAGCACGAGGGCGAGAUACGCAUGGCCGGGUAGUGGGCAGCAAUAGCAUGGGUGGGGGAUCCACAUAUUACUAUGAUGACUACAAACACUCAACAACCACAAGAGCUGCCCAGAGGCAUUCCUCAAAGACGCUGGCCCCAGUUGUCAUGUCUACCAAGAGGAACAAGCAUCGUAAGCAAGGCUUGGACCAGAAAAUCUCCAAGUUCUCUCCAAUUGAGGAAGCUCGUGAUGUGGAGGCUGAUCUGGCCUCAUACACCAUGAGCACCUCUACUACAAGUGGUUAUGGUACAGGUUCUCAUUCACGAAAACUCCAAGAUGAAAUCUAUGGACUGCGACAAACCAUGUAUGACCCACAUCGGGGCUACUAUGAUGAUGAUCAUUUCUAUGGCUAUGGCAGGUCCCGCUCAGCUGGUUAUGGCAUGAAUAAAAUUUCUCGGGAGACAGGCUACCGAAGCAGAUCCUAUGAACGGGACUACACAGAUCGGCCAUACAGAAGCAGCCGAAGUGGGGGGCGUCCAACAUUGCGCUCUCAGUACUCUGAAGAAGAGAGCCCACUCAGUCCUAUGGGGAAGUUUAUGGGCAGUAGGCAGGCCUGCUACGAUCCAUCAUACUCUUAUGGCUCAAGCCACUCUCUUCCUGAUGUACAGGACCAUAUUCGAGACCUACCACGGACCCAUGUCUACAAACCCGAUGAUAUGUACAUAAUAGACGAUAUGUAUUGCGCUGUGUCUGACAGUGAAGCAUACCAUCUUGGCCAAGAGGAGACCGACUGGUUUGAGAAGCCACGGGAUGUCCGUGGUUCCCGCCACUAUGGCAGCGGCCAUUCCUCUUCUGGGAGGCGUGGGCACGUCAAACACACAUAUCAUGAUUAUGAUGAACCUCCAGAGGAAGACCUUUGGCCACAAGAUGACUAUGGUCACUCCCGCCACACAUCUUCUCGAGAGCACCGUCACCAUAGUGGUGGAAGUUCUGGUAGACACUCUUCCUCCCGCCACACUGACGAGCCUCGUUCUUCUCGAUCAUCUCGCUCUUCAAAGGACCCAUCUGUACGGCAUGAGUCUCGUUCUAUGUCCUCUUCUUCAGCAAAGAGAGGUGACUCUCGCUCUCAGGGCUACCACUCCUCUGACUACUCCCGUGACCCUUCUGGGCACCACCAUGGCUCACGCACUGGGAAACAGUCUUCCCACCACCAAGGUUCUUCCAGUAGGAAGCAACAAGACAUGCAAGGCCACUUAUCAUCCUCUAGACAGAUGGGUUCAACUGGCUCAGGGCAAAGGGCUACAAGUGGACCCUCCAACUCAAGCAGGCAGUCUGGGUCCCAGCAGAUAGCUGAAGCACAGCAGGUCCAGCGAACACAGUUACAACAACAGGCACAGACAUCAGCAGCUAGGCCUGGACAGCAGACUCCUGCAGCAGGUGCUGGGCAGUCACAGCCUACACAAGUCCAGCAGCUCCAAGCCAAACCAGGCCAGACAAGUCCUGCAACACGGAUACCUGCUGCAGGAGUGCAACCAACACCUGUGACAGCCAAGCCUGAGCCUGUCACCGCUCCUGUUACUGCAAUUGGAGCGAAAGCAGCCACCCCUCAACCAGCCAAAGCAGCCCAGCCCCCACUCACAGGGAUAGGCUCCAAGGCAGCUCCAAGACCUGGUGGAAUAGGUAGUGCUGCAGCUGCUCAGCCUGGAAUGGAAGGAGAAAGUAUGUUGUCCAAGAUACUGCCUGGAGGUGCUGCAGAACAAGCUGGCAAACUGGGAGAAGCGAUAUCUGGUUUUGGAAAGAAGUUCACAUCUCUGUGGUGAAGCAGUACAAUUAAAGGGUGUCUUCACAAAAGAUGAAAGAUAUAAUAAGUCUUUGCACUGGAAAAACCUAUGAAGUUUCUCUUCUGUAUUUUAAUUUAUAAGAGCAGAUGAUAGAGAGAGAGAGGGAGAGAAGUAAUCUUGUUAUACUGCCAACCAGAACAGGAAUCACAAGACUUCAUUAACACUAGGUCUGGUUACUUGACCAAAGAGGCACUACACAGCUUUCCUCUGGCAAGCCACAGAGUAGAUGGACGUACAGAUGUGGCAUUUAAAAAUGCGCGCUUUUUCCCGCGGCAUGCCGCGAUUCCGCCCGCAGUGUGCCGCGAGAUCUAAUGAACUGGAAUGAGUUAUAAGGGCGUAGUAAACCAGUCUAUAGACUGGUCUGCUGGGAGAUGAAAACCAAAGCAAGGCUGCUUAAAAAUUGGAUUUACAAAAGCAUCCCUGUUUUGGAAAGCAAAUACAAUUAAAGAUUCUCCAGAUGUUUCCAGAAUUCCAGAUGCUCGACUGCAACUACUGGAGCCUGUAAUCUCCCUGAGGGCCCUGUGACAAAACAGCAUAAAACAAAGAAGACUACUGAACAUUAAAAGAGCAUCUCACUUUGCAUUGAUACAGGUUCUCAGAAGAAAAUAUUACAGUAAAGAAGUUUAAACACAACUGACCAUAUCCACUUGGUCACAGUGCAUUGCUUGCCAGGGUUUGUGAUUCCAUGUUCCUGUAGCUACUUUGAUAACAAAUUUGACUCCCCUCUCAUCUCAGGGAUGGUCAAAAAAUGAAUUUAAAGUAAAUGAGUCAAAACAACUUCAUAGGUUUUUCCUGUCCUGUUAAUGACUUUCUUUUUGUUCUAAUUUGAUAGCCUUUAAACAGAAAGAAUACAGAAAAAAAAAACAAAGGAAAAGAGUGACAACACAAAUGUCUAUGUCAUAUGCUCAGUUUUUAACUCUACAUUCCAGAAUGGAAAAAAAGUCAUUUUGUCCUCUGAAUGCAGACUGUUUUUUCUCUAUUCUCUUGCAAUGUGUUUAAGAAGUGUACAGUGGAGUACGAAUGCAUGUAACUUUAUAUUCAAGACCUUACACUGUUCACCAAUUUGAUGAGAGUGGGCCUAAGAUAGGAGGAUUCAGAAUAAUGAUGAAAGUUAAAGAAUGCAUGAAUUAAGAGAGAACAUAUAUUCCAGACAGAGGACUGAAAAAUUGUUUUUGAGGCUUUGACAAGUCAGGUCUUUUUUGUCAGUUAGCCACUGAAAAGCCAUUAGGUAACUAUCCCCAGUGUGGGCUUGGGGUCAGUCACAACUGUUCUACAGUGUCUGGGACUGUAAUAUUUCUGCUGAUUUUGUUGUGCAUUAAUAUUAUUGCCUAAUUUUCUUUCUUUUCAUGGAGAGAUAUCACCUUAACUACUGAUUUAAUGUUUUCAGAAAAUGUGGCAAGUUCUUUUACUCUAUAAUUUAAAUUUUUGCUUUUCAAAACAUUUGUAUAUAUGAUAAUUACAAGCCAAGAGGCUUGGGAUUUUAUUUAUAUUUAUGGAUUUAUUUUAUCUUGUGUUGUUUACAAUUUAUUUUUAUUUUUUUUAUUCACUGUUUUUAUGGUUUUAAUUAGCCUGUAACUGGAUUACAGUUUUUUUUCUUCUCUUUUUUCUAUUGGUUUAGAUGUAGAAAAAAGCAAUAGUGGAUGGCAGACACUCAGUCAAGAGCACAAUCAGAUGUUUAUACACUAGUGGUCAGGAGAGCAAUGUAUCUAUCUACCAAGCUGAAAUGUUUCCAAAACUACCGUCCCAUCCUUAUAUGGGCAAAAACCCAAAAGUGUCCAAAUCAAAUAUAAGCAAUAGUUUUGAAUAAUAACAAAUUAGCCAUCACUAUACUUGUGAUUAGAUUCAAGCAAUGUUAUGAUAAUGAGUUCCUGUAAACAAAAUGAGAAUGUUUAGGGAUUGAUCGUCAGAUAAGUGUUAUGGUCAAAAAAAGGACACUUGUGAAUAUCUUAGCUUAACCAAUCACCAUUACAUGAUUAAUAUUAAUUGAUGAGGUGCAUUUGAGGUAUAUCCCAAAUUGCAUCAUAAACAGUUUGCAGGGGUACAGAAUCCUGUAACAGAAGCUUCUCAGGUCAGAUCUUCCAGCAGAUCCUGUACUUGUGUUGGGUCAGGCUAGUAGUGGGCCUUUAGGUUUAGCAAGGAUGAGAGCAUGCUCCAGAAAAAAAGACUCAUCUUGAUAUAAAUAUACAUUACAAGUAUGAAUGAAUGAUUGUGGUUGCAUGUAUGUAUGCGUUUGGAUUGUGGUCACUUGAAAAAAGAAAAAUGGAACAAAAAAUUAGAACAUCAAGCAUAGGUGAUUUUGAGAGACAACCUUACAUUUCAAAUGUUCUAUGCAAUGCUUCUUAUCGGGGGAAAAGUUUUAGGAGAGACAUCAUUCAAUACCAGUCAUAGCAGAGAAAUAACAGAUAGCUUUUCCAACAAAAAUAACCAUAUACAUAUGGAGUUGACUUAUAAUGUGCUUAAAAGUACUUAUAAUGUAAGAGUUUAAUUGUUUUCUCUGUGUGGCAUGUUUAAGUCCCCUUUCAUGCAACUUUCAAGCGGUUGCCAUAUUGUGAGCCAUAAAGAGUCAUGGGUUAGAUCAAAAACUGCAUACUACUGUAUUAAAUAGUAUGGGGAAAAUAUCAACCCUCUAUUCUGACAUAUGAUAGUAUGCUGUUUUGUGUGUAGUCAAGCAUGGUGGUCCUGCACUUAUUUUCAUUAGCCAAUAUGACCAGUUCAUCAGUUGCUUAGCUGCCUGUUGAUGCACUUGUUAUAAAAAAAAAGACAUUAUUAAAAUAUAUGUAUUAAAAUAUAUUUAUGUAAUUGUCAGAAAAUCAUAAGGAGAGAACUAUAUAACAAUGCCAUUUCUUUAAUAUUAGUAAUUCCUUGCUAUGACUAUGGGGUCAUUUUAAAAACUUAAAAAAAUUAGAACAGGCUAUGGGAACAUUUGUGCAAUACUGAACCACAGCGAAAUGUAUUGAUGAAAUACUACAUACUACACCAAUUUUUGUUAUUUGAACAGCUGAAAAACAUGGAAUGAACAUCAUACUAUUCAUUAAUCACUGUAUUUCAUAGGUGUGUAUUACUUCAUAUUUUUUCCAAAAACAAAGCUAUUAUUUUAGUACCAAACAUAUUCAAAAUUUAUUAAACUACAGAAAUAGAAUCUAUUUAACACAUGCAAGAAUAUGAAAUAGGAAAUAUGUGUAUAAAUAUCCGACUUAUUAUUGCCAAUGACUUCACCUGGUGCCUGUAGGACAGCUGGGUUGAACCCCCACAAUUAAAAUAGAUAUAGAAAUAGAAAUGCACACAUGCACAAACACAUCACAAAUAAAUGUACAUAUACAUAUAUGUCUCUCUCUCUCUCUCUCUCUCUCUCUCUAUAUAUAUAUAUAUAUAUAUAUAUAUAUAUAUAUGUGUGUGUGUGUGUUUGUGCAUGUUUGCAUUUCUAUAUAUAUAAAAUGAUAUAUUAAAAUUUUUAUAAUAUAUAAAAUUUUUGUUUCUACUUUCUACUGUCAUUCACCUCAGGAAAGCACACAUGUAAAAGUGUCAGGGUGACAAAAGGGGACUUAAUAUGCAUCACUGUAAGGGCUCAUUUCCAAUACUGAGAAAGCCAUCUUGUUUUGUUUUGAGCCUAGAUUACUAGAGCUUUGGUGGUAAUGUUUAACAGGGAACACCAUAUCAUUCCCUUUUCUCAUUGUUUUUGACCGCAUAUAAAAAUUUCUAAAACCGUGUGUUUUACCAGGGUUUAAUUACCCUGGCCAUUUACACAUUAUUCUGUAUGUCACUGGUUUAAUUCAAACCUCAGCAUUUGUCCAGUAUUAGGUUGGACAAAUAGAUAUUAAAAUGUUAAAACUGGAAAAAACAAAAACAAAUAGCAUGUAUAGAAGUGAAGGUGAGAUGAAAAGCUUCAAACAAUCUUGUCAAUCAUUCAAAUAUCAGGGAAAAUGUAAUUUUAUUUAUUAAUUUUUUUAGACAUACUGAAGUAACAAGUGCAUAAGCCUUUAGCAGCAAUCCAUUAUCGUUCACCCCUCAGUUUCACUGGCAGCCAUUUCCAUUAAAAUAUGACACCUGAACAUAAUUAUAUCUUGCAUGCACAAACACAAACAUCCCCUAUGUGAAACAGGAAAAUGGUGUGUAAAACAACUGAAAGACCAAAUUUAUUAUUAUUUUAUUAUUAUUACAAUUAUUUAUUUAUUUCAGGUUUUUUUUUUUUUUUGCAAAUACCUAUUUUUUUUAAGGUCAAAGCAUCAGCUAUUACCAACAAAACAUCAAUCAAAACAGCAUUGUAUAAUGUGACUCAAGUGGAGGGUAAAAAAGAAAAGAUGUAUUCACAUUACUGGUUUGUGUAAAGUUUCUAUACAUGUUGUGUUUGUAUAUUGAAAAGAAAAAUAAAGAGACCCUGGCUUCCAUCUAAUUUUGGGUUUCAACAGGGGUAACUUGAAAGUUGUAAGUUAAAAUAUAAAAUUGCAAACAUAAUAAUAGCUGAGAGUGUUAGAAGGAUCAAAAUAAAAAAAAAUAAAAAAUAUAUAUAUAUGGUACAUUCACUGUUGUAAGUGCAAUGAGCUAUUAUCCAUGUUCCCAUUGUAAACCUUGUGUAUGUUUCAGUGUAAACCUGUAAACAGUUGUAGUUGGCUUGGUGCAUUAUGUCAUGCUAUGUGAUGAAUGAAAUAAUGACCCUACGUUACAUUUAAAUCAGGAAAAAAAGAAUAAAUAAGAAUUUGAAACACAAGUUACUGUGCUUUUUUUUUUUCAAGUAGUUCGAAAUGUCCUGUAGAUAUUCCCCAGAGUGACCACUGUGAAUGUUGCAUGGAUGUUCUUGGUUAAAUGUUAAAAGUUGUUAAAUGUAGAUGUUCUUGUUGCUCAAGGCAACAUUGUGGAAAGUCUCUUAAGCUCUAUUUAAACUUACAUUAUUUAUACAUAUAGUGAAUAAUUAUUUC